AUGCUCGUUGCAACAUCCACCAACAACAAUAUCGAUUCUACUGCUAUGACCUCAACCUUACUCCCGACAAGCAACUCCCACUCAAAGUACACGCCUACGCACGACUUUCAAAGCAUGCUGACAACACCUGUUACUACUCAGUCUACCCAUUCGACAGCAUCAGAAUGUCCACCUCCACCACUCGAUCCAUCACGCAACCACGAUCCGUCAACAUCGGCAGUGGGCACUGCUGACUCCUUGCCGCCUACUUAUGCAUCACUUCCACAAACAACAAAGCUUGAAGAAGAACCCAAUCCUUUUGAGCAGAGCUUUUCAUCAUCAUCUCGCGUUACCAGCAAAGACACAUUGCGUCCUGUGUUACCACCUCUUGCAUCAAUUGAUAGCCCAACCCGUGGUCUCAGCUUUCGAAAAGAUGAAUUGAUUUGGGAUUCGCUACGUACUGGUCCACUUUCUCCCUCGAUGCUAACAGGACCUGCUGAUGACAAAAGACCACCCCCAACGCCGAUAAAAGGGACGACAUCAGGUAGUUCCUUCUUGAGUUCUUCCUCCUCCUCCUCCUCUUCCUCCUCGUCAUCAUCAUCUACCAUUUCCUCCUCAUCGUCUCCUUUGUCUCAGCACUCAGCAACACCCCAGAAAUCGAGCAGCCUUGCCAAAUCUGAUCCAUCAGUGAACCGUGCACACGAUUCAUCACCGACGACAAGUGGACUAGGCAACAUCGUCUCCUAUCCAACGGAGGAUACAUCAUCAUCAUCAUCACCUCCACCAUCAUCAUCAUCUCCAUCGAAUGGUGUUGAUAAGGCUCCUCCUCCUCCCACAACAACAACACCCUCGGCUGCUGCAUGGUCAUUUGUGAAACGAGCUGAUUCAGCCCCAGACGCAGGAUUCAUUCAACAAAGACCCACAUCCAAACGCCGUGCACAGUCCACCAACACUGACAACGAGGAUGAAAAACGUAAAAGCUUUUUGGAGAGAAACCGACUAGCUGCGUAUAAAUGUCGUCAACGCAAAAAGCAAUGGAUGCAGGAUUUGCAAGCAAGAGUAGAAUUCUUGACCACGGACAAUGAGCAACUUCAAAUGCAAACCACAGCCUUACGUGAACAGCUCAUUGAUCUCAAGACGAUGCUGCUCGAACACAAGUCUUGCCCCGUCAAUACACAAGCUGUCAUUGAAGCUGUCAACCGACCGAUUCCUGGAAUGAUACCACGAUCACAAUAUCGAGCUACCAUUACCCCCAGCAACUCUCGUUAUUCUCCUUAUCCUUCUCGUGCUCCUACUACUACUGCUGGUGCUGUAACGGGGAGUAGCCAUCGCCCUUACCAUCCUCACACGCAUUCCCUGUGA